AUGACAAAUCCUUCCCAGACCGAAAAGCACAUCCAGCACUUACGAGCACAAUCGUCGCCCAAGACAGUCAAGAUCCCUUCAAAAUUGGACAAUGCGACUGAUGAACGCUACAUCCCGUGGAGGCACAUCCAGAGGUGCUUCAAGAAUGUCCAGUACGUCACGAAUGACGAGGAAUCCGUGGGGUUCAUGACUGACUAUAAGAAUGAAGAGAUUGUGCCUUGGAGAAUCAGCUACCAUCCAGGGAUCGUGCUCGAGGCGGCAAUAGAGGACGUCCACCAAGGAAUCAGUGCUAUACCAGAGACUGCCUCUCGCCACACUACUGUCGCUGAAGCCAUGCUCAGCGAGGACACAGUGGCCAAGCGCCUCGGUCCUUUGGAGACUCACGACGCCUUCCAGGUCUACACUCUGCAAAUCCAUAUGCAGAUCCUCGACGAGCUGGCGCUCCUUCAGAACCAAGUCCACGCUGUUCGCACCCUGACAUACGAGCUGCAUCAGUACCCGAUCCCUCGCAUGUUCAUUGUCCCCCGAAAGCGCUACGACGUAAAGGACAAGGUCAGCAAGCUGUUCGCAAAGCAGUUCCGCUUGUUCUCCCUGUGCGAUUGCGGCGAGCAUACUAUGACCGAGGGCACCACGAUCCUGCAUGAGAUCCAUCUGGUCAAGCACGAAGGAUACGGCGUCGAGCAGCUAAAGGGGUGGAUACGGAUCCCAUGCCCUGACGAUCAUGAAGCUGCUCAAGUAUGGCUGUAUCUUGAAGAACUGCAGGGCAUCAAUGGAGGACCAGACACAACGCCUGGGAAGAUGGAUCUGAAUGCGACAGAGGCGCUGGAGGGGGCGGGUCUUCGACAGUUAGAGCCGUUUCUGCGCGUCAAAGAUCAGAAUCGCAUCUUCAGUGACCUCUACCAGACUAUCACAUCCCAGAGGCAUGUUAAAUGGGUUUGCUUGUACCAUUACCGCGACAACUAG